GCGAGGAGCGCUAGAGGUGUGCCGUCUAUUGGAGAUGCGCGGUGCCUAUGUCCCGUUCGGGUUCGGCAUUCUAAAAUAAUGUUAUCGCUUUCGAACCAAAAUGCGAUCGAGCCAAUGCAAGUGGACGCGCCCGCCGAGGACAAUGACAAUACCGAGGAAGAGCCCUACAUAGUGGAAAAUCCGACUUUUGACUUGGAAGUCUAUGCUAAUAGUUACACUGGACUGGCGAAACUUUACCGACUGAUCUAUAUUGCUGACCAUUGCCCAGCUCUACGGAUUGAGGCACUCAAAAUGGCUAUUGCGUAUGUGAUGACAACGUAUAAUGUUUCACUUUAUCAGAAGCUGCAUAAAAAGUUGAUGCACGCUGUCAGCACAUCUGGACUACCAGAUAUAGCACAGUCGCAAGAUAUCCCUGUGCUUGAUCAAAUGUGGGUGGAAUCACGUUCAAAGAAAGCAGCCCUCAAACUCGAAAAGUUCGAUACCGACUUGAAGAAUUACAAGAGUAACUCGAUCAAGGAGAGCAUCAGGCGUGGCAAUGACGAUCUAGGGGAUCACUAUUUACACUGUGGCGAUCUGGGCAAUGCAUUGAGGUGUUAUUCGAGAGCUCGUGACUAUUGCACAAGUGGAAAGCAUCUGGUCAAUAUGUGUCUUAAUGUUAUCAAGGUUUCCGUCUACCUCCAGAAUUGGUCACAUGUUCUUUGCUAUGUGAACAAAGCCGAGAUCACACCUGAUUUCGCAGGCAUGCAUGGGAAAGAGAAUAAUCAAUCGAUCAUCACUAAGUUGAAGGUUGCGGGUGGCCUUGCCGAACUUGCCAUAAAGAAAUAUAAGAUGGCCGCGCGUCUUUUUCUGCAGGCCUCGCUCGAUCACUGCGAUUUUCCAGAACUCUUUUCCCCUGGUAAUGUGGCUGUUUACGGUGGACUGUGUGCUUUAGCCACGUUUGAUCGCAAUGAACUACAGAAGUAUAUUAUCUUCAACAGCUCCUUUAAAUUGUUCCUCGAAUUGGAGCCUCAGCUCAGGGACAUUAUCUUUAACUUCUAUGAGUCUAAAUAUGCGGCUUGUUUAAAACUCCUCGACGAAAUCAAGGAUAAUAUCCUUUUAGAUAUGUAUAUAGCGCCACAUGUUAAUGUACUUUACACGGAAAUUAGGAACCGAGCUCUUAUACAAUACUUUAGUCCAUAUUUGAGUGCAGACAUGAGAAGAAUGGCUACAGCUUUUAAUAGAACGGUCUCAGCAUUAGAGGAUGAACUUAUGCAGUUAAUUCUUGAUGGGCAAAUUCAAGCACGAAUUGAUUCACAUAACAAGAUUCUUUACGCCAAAGAUGUUGAUCAGCGCAGCACGACUUUUGAGAAGUCUAUAAGUUUUGGCAAAGAAUAUCAGAGGCAAACUUGCAUGUUGAUUCUGAGAGCUGCAAUGCUAAAGCAUAAAAUCUACGUAAAGCAGAGUCUCCAGAGGGACAAUACGCAAGGAGGGGAGAUGUCCGUGGCACCUGGUAACAGCAGCCUUGCACCGAGAAACUGAAAUAUUCAUCGAAACGUUCAUCGCAUUUGUUCUCUGCGAUCGAAUGCCUGCGUAAGCCAGUGGAUCUGUCAAGUGUGAACAUUACAUCCUCAAAUCGUUCGUCGCCAAUAUGUUUCGUCGUUAACAGCAAUCACAAUUUUCUUUCUCUCCUUUUCUUACUUUGUAUACGUAUUGUACAUAUAUAAGAUACUCCUCUCGCGUUGCGAUAAUAAAGCCUGACAUUUAAUGACCUACCGGAAGAGCUGCUGUCUUUUCGACGAAGAUUAGAAAUUGCCAGUAUAUCUUUAUUAUUAUAAGUUAUUAGUUUAUAAGCGAAAUCAAUGCAACUGGCUCCCGAAGGCAAGAGGCAGGUAUUUCUCUAGCUGGAGCGUUUUCUUUCUUUGUCUUGUUUGUUAUAUAUAAGUCAAUUAAAAUUCGAGAUUCGUAGUUAUACGGAAAUGUUAUUAGAAACAUUAUCACAAGAAGUUAUAUUUUCAAGGACAAUCAAAUUUUCUGACUUCCUUUCACAUUCUCCCUUUCACAUUGCUAGCGGACCUUUCACCCCAGACGCGUUUCAAAGCAUAAUUGUUUCAGACAAUACUUAAGAUUGUAAUUUAUAGAAAAGUCUUAAAAAUCAUUUGUUACCCAUUUGUAAGAAUUGUCUUUUCAGAGAAAUUAAUGUUAAACUCAACUGUCUUAUAAAUAUAAGAAAAACAUUAA